CGUAUGAAUUUUAGGUAUGCUAUAGUAGAGGAAUUGGCAGGAUUUGGUGCCACAGUGCAUACAUGCUCUAGGAAUAAAAAAGAGCUGAAUGAGAGACUACAAGAUUGGGAAAGUAAGGGAUAUAAAGUAAGUGUCUCAGUAUGCGAUUUGUCAUCAAGAGUUCAACGAGAGGAACUUAUGAAAACCGUCUCUUCUGUCUUUGAUGGCAAACUCAACAUCCUUGUGAACAAUGCUGCAUUAGCUCUACUAAAAAAAAAUACAGAAACCACCGUAGAAGAUUUCUCAAAGAUAAUGAGAACUGAUGGUGAGCCCCCUUACCAUCUCUGCCAACUUGCUCAUCCCCUCUUAAAAGCAUCUAGAUACGGAAGUAUCGUCUUCAUCUCCUCCGUCGCCGACGUUACUGCUUUGCCUGCAGUUUCAGUCUAUGCCGCAGUUAAAGGUGCAAUCAAUCAGCUAACAAGGAACUUGGCUUGUGAAUGGGCAAAGGACAACAUUCGCACCAACACUGUAGCCCCAUGGGCUGUGAAGACUACAAUUAUGAAACCAGAGGAAGUUGAACAAUCCAUUUCUGAUGCAUAUAUGCAAGUGAUGUUACGAACUCCUCUCCGUCCCAUAGCAGAGCCUAAUGAGAUUUCAUCGUUGGUAGCAUUCCUUUGCCUUCCUGCUGCUUCGUACAUCACCGGACAAGUCAUUUGUGUUGAUGGUGGAUAUACAGCAGGUGGCUCCUAGGAAACUGAUAUCUCAAAAAAAAUAUUUUAAGUGCACAUAAUUUGAUCAUAGAAUUAGAUAUAAUAUAACUGUUUUGUAUGGGGUGAGACUUAUUCAUUUGGUUGGGCUCACUCAAUAUAAAAGAGUUAUGUCUGAUUAUGUGAUCAAGUUAUGUGCACUUAAAAUGAUAUCAAUGUAAAAGAAUAUCUCCAAUAAUAUAAAAUAUUGUGUUAUUUUA